AGUCAAAGGAUUUUAUAUCUGUAUUAUUAUUGUCUGUAUUUGCAUUAGGAUAAAGUAACUGCCUUUUGGUCCCAGAGGGUACAGCUACUAUUGGUUCAUUUAAGCUGCUGUAUUUGGAUCCUCUGUCUUAUUGGUUUCCUCCAAAAGGCAGCACUGUGAUUGCUUGAGAUUGUUCCCUCCAAAAUGUAUCCCUUCCUAGCUAGUCCCCUAUCCCUAUAAAUGUAGCUUUCCUCUCCUCAGUCUUCAGUCUUGUUCACUUUAAUAAAGAGCUGUUACUAGAGAACUGUCUCCAGCAUGUUUUGUCAAGAGAGCUGAAAUCACAAACCCCACGUCACAACAACUGGCGACGAGGAUGGGAUCCGGAAUGCUGAGGAGCGGUUAAACACAACCCUGCCUCAGAGUCCGGAUUGCAGCUGAGAACAAGACUCACUGGCCAGCUGAGAAGACGACCCUGCCCGCUAGGACAAUGGAGAGUCCAAGGGUAUUGGAGCCCUUCCAGCCAUCAGAGCCCCACACCUGGGAAGACUACGUCGAACGCUUCGAGUUCUUCGCAGUGGCUCAAGGGAUCACCGAUGCCAGCAAAAGAAGGGCCACAUUCCUGAGCUACUGUGGGCCCGAGACCUUCAAGCUAGCCAAGGCAUUACUUGCUCCAGCGAAGCUGAGUGAGACAUCUCUCCAAGAUAUUCUUGCCUGCCUAACAAGCCACUUGGCGCCUACUGAGACCAAGAUGGCCCGGCGGAUGGAGUUCCAUAAGAGGCAGCAGCAUGCUGGGGAGUCUGUAUCCACAUUUCUGGCUGAACUCCGGAAGCUCGCUCAGCACUGCGGCUUCCAAAAUCUGGAAGAGACUCUCCUGGAUCGGUUUAUUGGUGGUCUGAGCAGCAAGAAAGCCAGAAGACGCAUCGUGGCUAAAGAAGAGGUUACCCUUGCUUCAGCCUUGAAGGAGGCCACCGCCACGGAGAAUUAUGAAAGAGAGGAGCUUGAUGCCAGUCGCAAGGCCACUAAGCCACAGAUAGAAGUUGCGCAUGCCAUGGACGAACUAGAGGCUACUCCAAGCCAGAGCCCAGUCCGUGGGGUUGAGUCGGUGCGUCAGGCCUGCACAGUGCACAGAGAUCGCCGAGGCAGUUGCCCAGGUUGUGGCGGAAACCAUGAAAGGAAGAGUUGUCGUUUCAGGGAUGCUAUCUGCCGGACGUGCGGAAAGACGGGUCACAUCGCCAGGGUCUGUAGAUCGGCGGCGUCGGGAGCGACAGGAGCACCUAGACUGGAGCAUCGCAGACCGCCCACAGCAACUCGUUUUCUAAAGGACUGCCACUACGUAACGGAGAUCAAUGGGAGGGCCGUGCAGUUUCCAGCGCAAGGCAAGGCACACGUCAAGGUGAAGAUUGAGGGUCAGCAGUGCGACAUGGAGGUGGACUCCGGAUCUGCAUUCACCAUCGUGUCAGACCAGACCGCGAAGACAUUCUUCCCCAGGGGUAAGUUACCCCCUCUGGAGCCCUUUCCGGCAACCUUGCAGUCGUACUCAGCAGGCCGCAUCCAUAUUAUGGGAAUGUGUGCCGUGAGAGUACAGUUCCGGGACAAACAGGCUGUACUCAAACUGGUGAUUGCGAAGGGCAGUCGCCCCAGUCUCCUGGGCACUGACUGGUUCCCUGCCCUGGGACUGAGUAUCUCAGGGCUUAAUUCGAUCCAAACCUGCCCUGAGAUGAGCGAGGUAUUAUGCAAGGAAUUUGCUGGUCUCUUUAAUGGAAAACUGGGUUGUUAUAAAGGGCCCCCAGUUGACUUCGAGUUGGACCCCGGGGUGGCUCCAAUCCGACUCAAACCAAGGCGAGUGCCAUUUGCACUGCAACCCAAGAUCGAGGCAGAGCUGGAUAAAUUGGUCAAGCAGGGAGUUCUCUCACCCGUGGACUCUGCUAAGUGGGAGACUCCAAUCGUCACGCCCCUUAAAGCAAAUGGGGAAGUCAGGAUAUGUGCAGAUUACAAAUGUACUAUCAAUAAGGCACUCAGGGGAAACUCAUACCCCAUUCCAGUUGUAUCACAUCUGUUGGCUAAACUGGCUGGGGGCAAGGUGUUCGCCAAAAUUGACCUGGCACAAGCUUACCAACAGCUGCCAGUAACCCCACAAUCAGCGGAAGCACAGACUAUUGUCACACAUAAAGGGGCGUUCAGAGUUAACAGAUUACAGUUCGGAGUUUGUGUGGCCCCAGGGAUUUUUCAAGGGCUCAUGGAACGCCUGUUAAGAGGUCUGCCGGGGGUCUUGCCAUUUUUUGAUGACGUUUUGAUUGCUGGAAAAGACCCACAGGAACUGGUUGCGCGUGUCCGUGCAGUGUUGCUCAAGUUCAAGGAGGUGGGGUUGCAACUGAAAAAGGAAAAAUGCAGUUUUGGGGUGCCAACGGUGGAUUUCUUGGGGUUUAAAAUUGAUGCAUCAGGCAUCCACCCCACAGAUGCUAAGAUUAAGGCCAUCAUCGAGGCACCACGACCACAGAACAAGACGGAGUUGCAGUCAUUCCUGGGACUUAUUAACUUUUAUCAUUCGUUCUUACCCCAGAAAGCUUCGGUAGCUGAACCAUUACAUAGACUAUUGCAGAAAAAGAAUGUGUGGCGAUGGGGGCGGGAGCAGCAGAAGGCUUUUGACUCCUUGCGAGGAAUGCUGAGUAGCAGGAGCGUCCUUGCUCAUUAUGAUGAGUCAAAGCCGCUGGUCCUGGCAUGUGAUGCCUCUCAAUACGGUCUGGGGGCUGUGCUGAGUCAUAGGGAACCGGAUGGGUCGGAAAAGCCCAUCUCUUUCUAUUCCCGUACGUUGUCGCCCACGGAGCGCAACUAUGCUCAAAUUGAUAAAGAGGCACUGGCUAUUGUGUCCGGAAUCAAAAGGUUCUAUGAUUAUUUGUACGGUCGCCAAUUCUCCAUUGAAACGGACCACAAACCACUGUUAGGGUUGUUCAACCCAAACAAACAAACGCCACAAAUUCUCUCCCCCAGAAUGUUGCGUUGGUCAAUAUUCCUGAAUGGGUUCCAGUACACCUUGACCCAUGUGCCGGGGAAACAAUUGUGCCAUGCUGAUGCGCUGAGUCGCUUGCCCCUUCCUGGCGGGAGCAAUGAGGAUCCUGCUCCGGCGGAGCACAUUAUGAUGCUAGAAACACUUCCGGGGGCUCCUGUAACAGCUACGGAUAUAGCUGAGAAAACGAGGAAAGAUGCUGUUCUCUCCCGUGUGCUCACUUGGGUGGGGAGGGGGUGGCCAGGUGGUCCGCAUGAAGAAAAAUUCAGGCCUUAUGCGACAAGGCAGCACGAAUUGUCCAUGCAUAAGGGUUGUCUCCUAUGGGGAGAUAGGGUGAUCAUCCCAGCACCACUGAGAAACAGGGUUCUUGAGACGCUUCACAUGGGACACCCGGGAAUGGUCAGGAUGAAGUCGCUAGCCCGAUGUUAUGUGUGGUGGCCUGGAAUGGACCAGAACAUAGAACAAUGGGUACGAACAUGCAAGGCAUGCCAAGAGGUGCGGCCAGAAGUGGCCAGAGCACCAGUCCACUGGUGGGAGCAGUCCAGGACUCCCUGGAGCCGGCUGCACAUAGAUUUUGCGGGGCCAUUCCAAGGGAAGGUCUUUUUGGUUAUCGUUGAUGCAUAUUCCAAAUGGUUAGAAGUGGCGAUGGUCCCUAGCAUGGCAUCAGCUGCCGUAAUCAAGGUGUUGAGGCAGCUGUUUGCUACCCACGGGUUACCUGAGACCAUUGUAUCAGAUAAUGGGGCAGCUUUUGUAUCCCAAGAAUUCAGGGCAUUCUUGGCUGAUAACUUCAUAAGAGGGGUCACAUCCGCGCCCUUUCACCCAUCCUCCAAUGGGCAGGCUGAGCGCAUGGUAAGAACAGCCAAAUAA